AUGCUCCUAGUAUUAAUUUUAUUUGGAGUAACAACUUUAAUAAUCUUCAUAGCCAUCAAACCAAGAAAUCCUACAUUUGACAUCUCUAAUGCAAACCUCAAUGUUGUAUACUUUGACUCACCUCAAUACUUCAAUGGUGACUUCACUCUCCUUGCAAAUUUCACCAAUCCCAACACCAAAAUUGAUGAUCUUGGUGUGAAACUUCAAAAGCAGAUGCAAAGUAACAAAAUUAAUUAUAAAGUAAGAGGAAUAUUUAAAGUGAUAUUAAACUUUGGACUCAUUCAUUUUUCUUACUUGCUUCAUAGUAAAUGUCAGAUGGAGUUGCCUAGUCCACCAAGUGGUGUCUUAGUAGCAAGAAAGUGCAUCACAAAGAGAUGA